AUGUCGAAGUUGGUAAUAGUGUUGACAGUUCUCGCGGUCUUCAUGAUCGCUGAAUCAGCAUGUCAGUUGAUAAUUCGUCCUACUUACCGGCCUCCACCGCCGCCGAGAAGGCCUAUCAUAAUGAGAGCUCGGCGUAACGCGGGUGAUGACCCACUCUGGUUGUACCAAGGAGACGUACCGAAGGCGCCUUCAUCAGCCGACCACCCAGUGCUGCCAUCUAUCAUUGACGAUGUAAGAAUGGAUCCCAACAGGAGGACGGCGCGCAGUUUGGGCACUCCCUCCCAUAUGUCGCACGGAGGAGGCAGCCGGAGGUCCUCUAGCCGGGACACAGGACCCACUCACCCAGGGUAUAACAGACGUAACGCCAGAUCUCUACACCUGCCUGACUACAAGUUCCCUCUGCCUACACUGCCACCUUUCAACCCUCGUCCUAGGUACCCUUGGGAUGACAACCCUCGGUAUCCGAUUUAUGUCUAA